AUGCUGCUGAUCGCUCUGCUCAUACUGUUGAGCUCUCAGUGCUUCUGGUGCAGGAAGUCUGAGCUGUCCCUGGAUGAGGCCCAUGCAGGUUUCUUCAGGGGAUCAGACAAAUAUGACUUUGCCGUUGAGGUUCCUGCUGCAGGGAUGGAGUGUUUCUGGCACUUUGCACACCAGAGUGGAAGCUUCUACCUGACGUUCAUGGUGCAGUGGGUAACAGGGAUGGCCAAUGAUCACCGGAUAUACGUGACUGUCAACUCACCACAGGGCUUUCUCAUGGCUUCAAAGAACCAGGCUGUAGGUCAAAUGAACUUCCAGACUGAGGUGACAGGUUUUUACCGGAUGUGUCUUGGGAACCGCAACAACCAGUUUGGAGCCAUCAGGGUCUUUGUGAAUUUUGGCGUCAUCUAUGAAGGUUUGGAGGAGUUGGACACAGAGAGGGAGGAGGGAGAGAAGGUCCUCAACAGCACUGUAGCCGGGAUUGAGGAGAGCGUGCAGAAGCUCCAGAUUCAGAUCUUCCACAUUUGGCGUCAUUACAACUUUGCACGCAUGAGGAAAGGGAAGGAUCAUUACCUCCUCCUGUCCAACUACAACUACGUCACCUGGUGGUCUGCAGCCCAAAGCCUCAUCAUCCUCCUGUCCGGAUACCUGCAGCUCUACGUCCUCAAGAGACUCUUUAAGACGGACGCCAGCCGGCCGCGGUGCUGA